GCUCCGCUCUAGCACGCCCAGCACGCCCCACCCCGCUCGGCCCCGCCCAGCGCCCCCCUCCGGGCGGGGCGGCGCGGGUUGUGAGGUGUCUUCGCGAGGCGCCUGCGCAGUGGGCAGCGGCGCGCGGGGCGGAGGCUUUAUAACCACUUCGUCGCUGACUCUCGAUUUCUAUCUCUGGGAGGGCGGCUGAGGCGGCGGCAGCUGUCGGGACGCCGGCUGAGGGGGCGCUGAGGCGUGAGCUGUGGCGGCGCUGGGCGCCCCUCGCUCCUCGGCCUCUGGGGGCCAUGGGCUCCGAGAAAGACUCCGAGUCGCCGCGGUCUACAUCCCUGCACGCGGCUGCGCCCGACCCCAAGUGCCGCAGCGGCGGCCGGCGCCGGCGCCUCACCUUCCACAGCGUCUUCUCCGCCUCGGCCCGCGGCCGCCACGCCCGGGCCAAGCCGCAGGCCGAGCCGCCACCCCCGGCCGCGCCGCCGCCGACCGCCCCGGCCCCUGCCGCGGCCCAGGCCCCGCCGCCUGAGGCGCUGCCCGCCGAGCCGGCCGCCGAGGCCGAGGCGGAGGCCGCGGCGACGGCGGGGCCCGGGUUAGACGAUGAGGAGGCGGCGGAGGGCGGCGGCUCGGGCCCGGAGGAGGUGGAGUGUCCGCUGUGCCUGGUGCGGCUGCCGCCCGAGCGGGCCCCGCGCCUCCUCAGUUGUCCGCACCGCUCGUGCCGGGACUGCCUCCGCCACUACCUGCGCCUGGAGAUCAGCGAGAGCCGGGUCCCCAUCAGCUGCCCCGAGUGCAGCGAGCGACUCAACCCGCACGACAUCCGCCUGCUGCUCGCCGACCCACCGCUCAUGCACAAGUACGAGGAGUUCAUGCUGCGCCGCUACCUGGCCUCGGACCCCGACUGCCGCUGGUGCCCGGCCCCGGACUGCGGGUAUGCUGUUAUUGCCUAUGGCUGUGCCAGCUGCCCAAAGCUGACCUGUGAGAGGGAAGGCUGCCAGACUGAGUUCUGUUACCACUGCAAGCAAAUAUGGCAUCCAAAUCAGACAUGCGAUAUGGCCCGUCAGCAGAGGGCGCAGACAUUGCGAGUUCGGACCAAGCACACUUCAGGUCUCAGUUAUGGGCAAGAAUCUGGACCAGCAGAUGACAUCAAGCCAUGCCCACGAUGCAGUGCUUACAUUAUCAAGAUGAAUGAUGGAAGCUGUAAUCAUAUGACCUGUGCAGUGUGUGGCUGUGAAUUCUGUUGGCUUUGUAUGAAGGAGAUCUCAGACUUGCAUUACCUCAGCCCCUCUGGCUGUACAUUCUGGGGCAAGAAACCAUGGAGCCGUAAGAAGAAAAUUCUUUGGCAGCUGGGCACAUUGAUUGGCGCUCCGGUGGGGAUAUCCCUCAUUGCUGGCAUUGCCAUUCCUGCCAUGGUCAUUGGCAUUCCUGUUUAUGUUGGCAGGAAGAUUCAUAGCAGGUAUGAGGGAAGGAAAACCUCCAAACAUAAGAGGAAUUUGGCUAUCACAGGAGGAGUGACUUUGUCGGUCAUUGCGUCCCCAGUUAUUGCUGCAGUUAGUGUUGGUAUUGGUGUCCCUAUUAUGCUGGCUUAUGUUUAUGGGGUUGUGCCCAUUUCUCUCUGUCGUGGAGGUGGCUGUGGAGUUAGUACGGCCAAUGGAAAGGGAGUGAAAAUUGAGUUUGAUGAAGAUGAUGGCCCAAUCACAGUGGCAGAUGCCUGGCGAGCCCUCAAGAAUCCCAGCAUUGGGGAAAGUAGCAUUGAAGGUCUAACUAGCGUAUUGAGCACCAGUGGAAGCCCUACAGAUGGACUCAGUGUUGUGCAAGGUCCAUACAGCGAAACAGCCAGCUUUGCAGCCCUCUCAGGGGGCACACUGAGUGGUGGCAUUCUUUCCAGUGGCAAGGGAAAAUACAGCAGGUUAGAAGUCCAAGCCGAUGUCCAAAAGGAAAUUUUCCCCAAAGACACAGCCAGUCUUGGUGCAAUUAGUGACAACGCAAGCACUCGUGCUAUGGCCGGUUCCAUAAUCAGUUCCUACAACCCACAGGACAGAGAAUGCAACAAUAUGGAAAUCCAAGUGGACAUUGAAGCCAAACCAAGCCACUAUCAGCUGGUGAGUGGAAGCAGCACGGAGGACUCACUCCAUGUUCACGCACAGAUGGUGGAGAAUGAAGAAGAAGGUGGUGGUGGCGGUGGCAGCAAUGAAGAGGAUCCCCCCUGCAAACACCAAAGCUGUGAACAGAAAGACUGCCAGGCCAGCAGACCUUGGGACAUCAGCCUGGCCCAGCCCGAGAGCAUCCGCAGUGACCUGGAGAGCUCUGAUACGCAGUCCGACGAUGUGCCAGACAUCACCUCGGAUGAGUGUGGCUCCCCUCACUCCCAAGCUGCAGCCUGCCCCUCAACACCCAGAGCCCCAGGUGCACCAAGCCCAAGUGCCCAUAUGAACCUCUCUGCCCCAGCUGAGGGGACGACUGUCUUGAAGCCGGAAGAGGCAGAAGCCAGAGUAUGAAGUGGAAUAAAUGCUCCUGUUCUGAGAAGCACACUUAUGCACCUGCUCUUUGUCUUCCUGGCCUGUGCUUUACUACGAUGAGGAUGAUGAGUCUGGACAACAGCCAUCCUGGAAGAUUCUUAUAUCUUGGGCACUGCAACCAGACUUAGCACAUUGCCCUACACCUGGGACAGGAAGUGCUGUUAGUGGACUUUGAAGAAUGACCUUUGAAGUGGUCUCGAGAAGAAUGACCAAGAGGGUGUCUUUGUGUGAAAAAGGGAACUUGUUGGGAAAAGGGGCAGACUGUAUGGAAAUCUCUGAAAUGCAAAUUAUCAACUCAAGACUUGUAUUUCUCUUGAAGCAUUAUGAAGAGAGCAAUUAACUUGGAUAAAAUCAAGGAAGUCUUUUGGAGGGGCAGGAGUUUGCAGCCAAACCUGUAUUUUUAUCUAGGCUCCAGUUCUUACUGCUGCGAGAGUUGGGCUACUUACUCUGAGUGUGUUUACACUUAGCCAAAGUGGGGGUCAUAAUCCUAAUUAUGGAGUUGUAAGGAUUAAGUGAGAUGGCGUACUGAAAAUGCUUUUGUUAAAGGCCCAUAUUUUUUUUUCUCCUGCAGGAAUAAGAAGAAAUAAGUUAAGGGAGAUUAUGGUUGCCAUCUAAAAAAAGCCCAGAGCUCUAGACCAGAGGCUAUGAAAAACUAAGCUGCUUCUAAUCCUUUGCAACACUGUUGUAUCUCCUAGACAUUAGAUGAAAAGGCCCGUCAGCACCACCUGGAGGAGAACAUGAGUAAUGCAUGGGAAAAGUUGAUUCUCAGUUUA